AUGGGUUCUUUCCUACGGUCAGUGAAUGCACCCGCUCCCUCGCUGUCUGCUUACCAGCUGCGUCAGCUAAUUACAAUUAGUGUAAAACCGGUGGCCACGCCAGAGCAGCACACCUCUGGAUCUUCGGGCUGGUUGUGCCGUGCGGUGGGUCGUGUGAGUGGGGCAGACGAGUGGUUGUUCUGCUGGUGUCCGCUUCAGGCCCGAGCUUCUCUAUGCGCCGGGUUGACGCGCAUGCGAGUUUGGUUUGGCUCAUUAAACCUCUUGUGA